AUGAUGCAUCUCUUGACAUGGACGUCGUUUCUCCUCUCUACUGCACUUGGACAGACCGUUCUCGACUUUGUCGAUCCGCUGAUAGGGACGACAAACGGAGGACAUGUCUUUCCUGGCGCUACGUUGCCUUUCGGCAUGGCCAAGGCUGUUGCUGAUGUUGACCAAGAAAAUCAGGGAGGGUUCUCUUUUGGCAACAAUAAAAUCACGGGCUUUAGCCAUCUUCAUGACUCUGGGACCGGAGGAGGCUCUAGUCUUGGCAACUUUCCCCUGUUCGCCCAAACAGGCUGUGCGGGGGAUGACCUGAACCGAUGCCUGUUUCCAAAAGCCCUACGAGCGACCAGCGGAAUCAACUCAACCAUAAAGGCCAGCCCUGGAUACUUUGCAGUAUCUCUAAACACGUCAGUCCAUGCAGAGAUGACCGUCUCGAACCACACGGCGCUGUACCGCUUCACGUUCCCGACAAACACCGGACUCCCAUACCACCCUCUGAUCCAUGCAGACCUCACCGAUCUGCCAGACACUAGGAGCAACGGAACCAUGUCGGUUGACCCGGCCACAGGCAGGCUAACCGGCAGCGGUACUUUUCGGCCCUCAUUCGGCAUCGGCUCUUACAAGAUGCACGUGUGCGCAGAUUUCAAGGGAGCAAACCUCCGCAACACGGGGGUCUGGGUCAACAACCGAGCAGGACCCGAUCCAAAGAGUGUGAGGGUGUACGACGACGGGCAGAACCCCCCGAUGCCUGCUGGUGCCUGGGUGCAGUUUGAGGCGCCCUCCAACAACCAAAUCCUAGCCCGCGUGGGAGUGUCGGCCAUCAGCCCAGAGCAGGCUUGUAGGAGUGCUGAGCGGGAGAUUCCAGGGUUUGAUUUUGACGGCACGCAUAACGCGGCAAGGGAGAUUUGGCGUCGGAAACUAGAUGUGAUCAAGGUCGACUCUACGGGUAUCAGCAAGUCUAUUAUGAAGACGUUUUGGUCAGGGGCUUACCGUGGCCUGAUUUCACCGCAAGAUUAUACCGGAGAAAAUCCCCUGUGGGAUAGCUCGGAGCCUUACUACGAAUCUUUCUACUGUAUUUGGGAUUCUUUCCGUAUUGUUCAUCCAUACAUCACCUUGGUUGAUCCUUACAGCCAAACACUCAUGGUCAGGACUCUCCUCGACAUCUACCGCCACGAGGGAUACCUCCCCGACUGCCGCAUGAGCUUCUGCAAAGGCCUGACGCAAGGCGGCAGCAACGCUGAUGUUGUUAUAGCAGAUGCGUACGUGAAGAGGUCAGGCCUCGGAGACGGGAUCGACUGGAAUGUGGCAUACGAAGCAGUGGUCAAAGAUGCCGAAGUUCAACCGCCCAUUUGGACCGUCGAAGGACGUGGCGGUCUCCAGAGCUGGAAGACGCUCGGGUAUAUACCGGCGGAUGACUUUGACCCCAGCGGCACCGGCCUCUUCACGCGCUCCAUCUCACGGACUGUCGAGUACGCCUACAACGACUUUUGCAUCGGCCUCAUGGGCAAAGGGAUGGGUGGCAAAGAUGGCGACGUGGAAAAGUAUUUCAAGCGAGCCGACAACUGGGUGAACCUUUUUGACGAGAAAGCGGGCUCGAGCCUCAAAUUGUCGAACACCACGGUCGAUACGGGGUUCAAGGGAUGGCUGCAGCCCAAAUACCUCAACGGCACCUUUGGAUGGCAGGACCCUAGCUUCUGCCAGCCGAUCCAAAAUUUCACAGAGUGCUAUCUCAAUCCCAAGGGCCACGAGACGUACGAAGGGGGCAGCUGGCUGUAUACGUUUUACGCCCCUCAAGACAUGGCGCGCCUCGUUUUGAAGCUGGGCGGGGCGAAGAGGUUCGUGGACCGACUGACUUAUUUGCACACGACGCCAAAUUUGCUGUACAUGGGCGACGAGCAGGCAUUUCUGCUGAUUUAUCUGUUUCACUACGCGGGGCGGCCGGGGUUGUCCUCCAAGUAUGCGCACUUUUACAUUCCGUCGCAAUUCAACGACACGAUCGCGGGCAUCCCGGGCAAUGACGACAGUGGCGCCAUGGGGAGCUUUAGCACCAUGGCCAUGCUGGGCUUGUAUCCCGUGGCCGGGCAGAACGUCUACCUGAUUACUCCGCCUUUCUUCCAGGAGAUCAGUCUCACGAAUGCAGUCAGCGGCAAGACGGCGACGGUGAGGAAUUUGAACUUCGACGCCGGGUACGCAAACAUGUACAUCCAGAGCGCUACGCUGGACGGGAAACCGUACACGAGGUCCUGGGUCACGCACGAUUUCUGGGUCAAAGGGGGCGUUUUGGAGUUGACCCUGGGUCCCAAGGAAAGCACUAGCUGGGGAACGGCGGAUGGGGAUCUGCCACCGAGUCUUUCGACUGGCGGGUUUGUAUAG